AUGGCAGCGAUGGCGACGCCCGAGCGGCUUUUCCCGAACGCCAGCCGCUCAGACAUUAGAACCCGCUUUCACCUCGGCAAGCAGCUGGGGCAGGGCGGCACAGGCGUAGUAACCGUAUGCAGCGACCUUCAAACGGGGAUACCGGUCGCGGCGUGCAAGAGUGUGCCGAAGAGCAAGCUCCAGCGGCGCGACGCGCUGGAGGAGCUGCAGCGCGAGGUGCACGCGAACCGCCGCGUGCGCGGGCACGCGCACGUGGUGGAGCUGCGCGGGCUGUACGAGGACGCGCAGGCCGUGCACCUCGUCAUGGACCUCUGCAAGGGCGGCGACCUCUACGACUUCCUCAUCGCUCGCUCGCCCGUCGCAGAGCCCGUCGCAGCCGAAAUCGCCAGGCAAGUGCUGCUAGCGUUGGCGCACUGCCACGCGGUGGGCGUGAUGCAUCGCGACAUCAAGCCGGAAAACAUCCUCCUCGUCGCGCCCGACGACGCUUCGGGCCGCGUGCACGUGAAGCUCGCGGACUUCGGGCUGGCCGUGCUGCUGCGGCCCGGACAGCGCGCCGUGGGCAUGUACGGCAGCGCGAUCUACAUGUCGCCCGAGGUGGUGUGCCGCCGCCCGUACGGCCACGCGGUGGACCUCUGGGGCCUCGGUGUCAUCGUCUACCUCGCCCUCGCCGGUACGCCCCUCGCCUCUCCCCGCUCUCGCCCCUCCCUCUCCCCGCUCUCGCUGCCCGCUCUACCCUUCGCCAUUCCCCGCUCUACCCCUUGCCGUUCCCCGCUCUACCCCAUUGGCCGGCUGACUGCUCUCCACGGCGCUACCGUGCUUCAUCGCCAUUUCCUCAAUUGUCGCCUCGCGCUCACCCGUUCCCCUCCCCACACCGGCCCCCCGCCCCGCGCAGGCUACAUGCCGUUCUGGGGCAGCACGGACGAGGAGCUCUUUCUGCGCAUUCUCCGCAACUCCCCCGACUUCCGCGCGGACCCCUGGCCCCGCGUGUCCCCGCAGGCGGUCGACUUCAUCCGCUCGCUGCUCCACUCCGAUCCCGCGCACCGCCCUUCCGCGCUCGCCGCGCUGCAGCACCCCUGGAUCGUGCAGCACUGCGGCGGCCCCGCCGCUUCCCCCGCGCCCUCGCUUUCCGCCGAGCCCAUGCCCGGGAUGACGCCCAAGGCCCCCGCAGCUACGCGCAAGUCUGCGCCAGCGGGGGAGAACGGGGCGAAGGUGCACCCGGAGGCGGGCAAGGCGCAGCAGCUGCCGCGCGCGGGUAGCAUGGAGGCGGGCGGGGAGGCGGCGGUGAUUGCGCCGCUGUCGACGCUCAACAAGAUCCGCGUGGGCGGAGCGGGGCAGUCCGGGGGACAGUCGGCCGCGCACCAGGGCAGGGCAAUGGACGUCGACUCCGACCAAUCAGUUCCUAUCGCUCCAGUCGCUUCCGCCUCUUCCGCCGCUUCCGCUGCUUACGCCAUGCCUGCGCCCAUGAAGCAGCCGCGGCAAGCGCCCGCGGGUGCCCAGCGGCAGUGGCCAACGCAGCAAGUGGAAGCGGCGCAAGCGCAAGCGCAAGGCGGGGAGGAGGUGCAGCCGCUGCAGCGCGCGCGGCGAGCGAGUCAACCGUGCGAGAAACGCGAGGGGCGGGGGAAAUCGACGAGAGGCGCGUCCGCCGCGGAGCAGCAGGUGCGCGGACGGUCCCGCCACCGCGAGUCCGCAACAGCCCCACGCGCCAUGGAUGUCGACGAACCCAUGUCGUCGCAGCCGUCGCAGGCAAACCACCAUGCGUCGCACGCACUGCCACCAAUCCAGGUUCCACCUUCCGCGGGCUCCGCGCCGUCGCCGUCGCCGUCGGAGACGCCCGCGAGUUCGCAGGCCGCCACGCCCACGGCGCCGUCGACUCGUCCGCGCGCGUCCCACUUCCGCUUCUUCUCCCCGAAGCGCAAGUCGCGCGCCGCAACUCACGUCACCGUUGCCGACGCGCCCUCAGGCGACUCGACUCCGCUGUCCAUCCCCGGCACCCCCACGUACCUGCCGCUCGACUCUCCCUCCGCAUCCUCCGCCGCACGAGGCGGCGAAUCGAGCCGCUCCACGUCAUCCUUCAUGGACGCAGCGCCCUCGUGCUUCCCCGUUUUCCGGCGCCAAUCGUCUUCCUCCUCCUCCACGCCGCGGUCUCGCACCGCCAAGCCGUCGGUCAUCACCAUCCCGCUGCGCACUCAAGCAUCCGCCACGUCAGCUUCCGAAGUAACAACGGUCGAGAUUCCCUGCAUCAGGACCGAGCCGCCUCUCGACCCAACCAAGCAGCCGCCUUCCUUACCUGAGAUGCAGGCUCGGCUAUCCCAACCAGACGGCUCCCUGCCCGUGCCUGAGCUCCUCUCCUACCUCCGCCCUCGCCCCUCUUCCCCCCGCCGCGCGCCCGCCGCCUCCGCGGACGAUUCCGCGCCCUCGUCCGCCGCCUCCUCCGCCCCGCAGAAGCGCGGCUUCGCGAAACCCGCGUGGAUGGAGGCGAUUCGCGCCGCCAAGCCGGAGG